CUUCUUCACCAACUGGCCGCCAACCAGUGUAGCAGCACAUCCUUUGGAUGUGUAUGCAUCUCACACAGAACAAGAUGUCUCUUUCGUCCACUCGUCUGUCAGCUCGCCUGCUUUCUGAGAUAACUGAUCGAUGACACACAUCCCAACAUCCCGUUUUCAUCAUGUUGUUGCAUCUUGCAGCUGCUUGGAGAAGAUCAUGCCUCUACGAUCGCCGCCGUGUACUGUCAUUCGUGCUUCUGACUGCGAGAGACAAUGGUAGUGAGGACCAUGCCGCACACCCAUACUUGUAGUCUCUGACGUCUUUCUUUUGAAUUGCGACGAAGCCGUCAAAUCUCUUCCACAAUCUCUUCCACCUCACGUUCUUGUGAACAGCAGAAGCAGCAGCAGCAGCGACAACAACAGCCACCGCCGCUCUAGUCAUCACCCUCUUCGCCACCAAAGCCUCUUACCACCAACUAUCCUGCUACCGCGCCGCCGACCAAGAAGCGAGAAGAUGGACUACAGCAUUGAGCUCCACAGGCAUACCCGCGAACAGCAAGCAAGCAAGAGCACCGUCGCCGGAGCACAACAUGGCAGCACGGUAGGAGAAGGGACGCGACACCAUAAGCGAUGGGAGCAGCAGCUGGACCGCAUGAAGACAGACUUGGGAGGCAGAGGCCGGGUGCAGACCAUGGCAGAAGAAGACACCGGUGGCAGGGUCACAGCCGCGAGAGCGGCAGCAGGUGAGGAUGGCGUGCUACUCAGCCAAACCGAGCCACCCAUGCCACCAAAGAUCCUCAAGCGGCGCGAGCAGCAUUUGAAGCGCAUGCGAGAAGCUUUGGGGAGCCCAGCCUUGAGAUUUGUCGAAGAAGAGGGAGGAGAAGACCAGAAACAACAUCCUGUGUACACUCUCUGCGCGUGCUGCGUCUUGCAGUGA